UGUAUGUCUCCACCGUUUGUUAGCGGUGAAACCAGCUAGCAGCUAACAAGCUAACACCAGUCUUCAGAAGCCAAAGUUGGCAGCAGUUCAGACUGUACCCUUACCAACAGUCGUUUGCCAGUCAGUGUCUCAACCAGGUGCUCCGUCUGCUCUAAUGAUAUAACGUCUCAUCACCUCCACGGAGAACCUGCCCCAGAAGGAUGGCUUAAAAAAGCUGCCUUCUUGUCCUUCACAAAAACUGACCAAAGUCAACUAGCCUAAAAUAGCCGCCUGUGUGAAGUUAGCACGAGUUAAAAUAUAAACUUCCGGUCAAAACUUCUGUAAUACGUGGGGGAAUUGUUCGGGCUCAUUGCUUUCCAAGGGAUAAUUUUAUUAUUAUUUUAUUAUUACUUAAGCCGAGGAAUAAGUAGAAUUAAAAUGUUGAGCAUUAAUGAAGCUUUGACACCCUUUUGUUUUGCUGGAGCUGCUGCAUUUAUAUGUAUGACUGCGGUCUUAGCAUAAGGUAUGUUUGUGAAUCGUUGUCCUGUAAUCCAUGUCAUCAGUGAGUAAAAAAGAGAACAUUACAACUAAUGCAUAAAGGAAUUUAGAUCAAGACUGUUGCUCUGUGUUGUGGGAAACUUGGCUGUAUAAUGGGGAUACAUUUACAUAAGUGGAUUCACGGUCAUGUAGGGCUUGUUGUUGAAACACAAGUUGUCUAUAUACACAUGUAAAACUCCUGAAGGGAUCAAAUAUAUAUCCCUAGUAGUAUUUACCGAGAAAUAUCAUAUACACUAUAACUUGCUGGACUAGAUACUAGAGUAUUUACACACACACUGGAUGAUUUGGCCAGAACGUUAGACCACACGCACCAUUCAUAGGAAACAACAUGACAUUUCUCAAAAACUUUUUUCUACUCAUUCAUUCUUUUAAUGGAUUUUGGUUAACAUUUUUAGUUUUAAUAAUUUUCUCCAAAUAAGACCAGGUUUCCUCCAAAAAGUUUGCCAAUUAUCUACAAAGCCCACACCAUUUCAACAGCAUGCGGUUAAAAGUCAUUUAUGUGGAGUAGUAGGCAGGUUGCUUUUCAGAUUACUAAAACAUUACAAACUUUACCUCAGAUGACGGAAGUUAACUUUGUAAGCAGCUAGUUCUUAGUGCCGUCAGAGUUCAGUGUGGUCACUCCUCCAGUUGAAGGUCAGAGGUCAGGCUUGCUCAGCCUGACUCCAAAUCCCCAAGAUGGAGAGAGAGAACACUUCCAUUUCAGUAGUUAUUGCUGCUCCCUUUAUUUCUAUUAGACAUUUUCUUAUGUGAAGUAACUUACAAAACAUUGACACACGUUUCCAUUAUUUAAAAAACUGUCCAAGUCAAUGUUGUAAAUAUUGUGUAUUAUGUGUUCAGCAACAAAUGGUAUCUAUUUCACUUCUGUCCCUCCUGGAAGAUGGAUCCCUAUGUGGAACAUGUGGUUCUGUCUGAGGUUUCUGCGUUAUUUUCCCUCUUAAUAUAAUAUUUGAACAGGGGGCGCGCACACUCCAGGGGGGGCGCAAUGUCACAGACAUGCUAGGGGCUGGACUGACACAAACAAAUCAAAUACUGUUGCGUUCCUGAUCCACCAAUCAAAAGAGGAGUGUUAUCAUUUGAACGCAAGUUGCACGUACGCUUUUGAGUAGAAAAGUAACUGCAGGCAUGGUCAGCGCUCACCCUCACUGAUAUGACACCUAACCAGCUUUGGGGGGGCCCGGCUUGCAAAAGUUUGAGAAUCCCUGCUGUGGACAAUCUACAGUCUGGGUGAACCUCACAGCAGCAGAAAGGAGGAGAAGAGAGGGAAGAUCAUGCAGCGUAUUCUGACUCCUGGGACACUGUUGCAUAUGGCAGCAGUGCGCCCACUGCUGGUUGACAUCACUCUUCCUAAGCCAGCAGUAGCAUUGUGCUGCUGUGCUCUCCGUCUGAUACCAAGACCAUCUGCAGGCCAACACUGGCUCUCAACAUCAGCCUCCAGCAGGGAGGAACAUCAGCCAAAACACCAGCCACCACAGGAGGAGACUCAGUCCCAAAAGGUUCAGAGAGGGGAGGCUGGUCCUGAUGCUGCAGAGGUGGAUCCCCUGCAGGACAAGUCCAUCGGCCUCUUCCAGAGGUUUAAGAGGACCUUCAAACAAUAUGGGAAGGUGAUGAUCCCUGUACAUCUAGUGACGUCCUCGGUCUGGUUUGGAACCUUCUAUUACGCUGCUAUGAAAGGUGUGAAUGUGGUGCCAUUCUUGGAGAUAAUGGGUCUACCGGAGACAUUAGUGGGCCUUUUGAAAAACUCUUCGAGUGGCUAUGCUCUGACUGCAUAUGCCAUGUACAAGAUUUCCACUCCUGCUAGAUAUACAGUAACCCUGGGUGGAACAUCACUAUCAAUUCAGUAUCUCCGCAAACACGGCUACUUGUCCACGCCACCACCUGUAAAAGAAUACAUCCAGGACAAAAUGGAGGAGACAAAAGAGAAAUUUACAGAAAAGAUGGAGGAGACAAAGGAAAGACUGUCAGAGAAAAUGGAGGUUACAAAGGAGCGCAUCUCUGAGAAAAUGGAAGAGACUAAGGACAAGCUUUCUGAGAAGCUGCAGGAAACCAAAGACAGAGUAUCUGAUGGAAAAUCAUUUUUUAGAAAGAAAAAUGAUUAGCGAAACCCUUUGACAUUGGGAGCAAGACAGCACUUCUGAGACUGGGAUGAACAGAGAGAGACAUUGCACUGUCUUAGGUCAGAAAUCAACUCACACAGUUAGCUUUCACCUGUUGCUGUUUUAAUUGUCAGAUUCCGUUUCUUAUUGACUAAACCCUGCGACUGUUAGCGUUGACAAAACAGCAGCUUUAUCUCUGAUUUUUCACAUGCUCAAGUUAUCUGGACUUCAACGUCAUAUUUCUAUUCACAAAACUUUUUAAUACGUAUACAUUUACAAGAGGGGAAAAUGUCCAUGUACCAUUUAUCUUUGUAUAAACAGUAAUAAUAGAAACAUAAAGAUUGUAAAGCUUUUUUCAGACAUGCACUGAUGUCAAGAUAUCCUCAGCAGUUUUAUAGGACAAGUAUGUGAGAACGCAAAUGUGAGUGAGAGUCUCUGUACUUCCUGCCUGGCCCCAUAGAUUAACUUCCACAGAAAGUCUGUUCAAUCCAACGUGGGCACACAGCAGGAGAUCUCUGUGAGUGGGAUGGGUAAUGAGGCUUUUACAUGAGACAGACGUAAAAAGAUAACAAAUAUCUAAUGGUGGUAUGCUAAUAGUGGUAAAUCACAAAUGCUGUUAACAAAAUCACAAAUUCGCCGCAGCGGAAUUAAUUAAUUGCUUCCUUGCUUUGCCUGCUACACCACCCCUCGCCUGAAUCCCGUUUGUGAUGGGUGUGAGUAGAGAUCUCCAGCAUUGUUGCGGAUGUCCUCCAAAGGACAUGUCUGAAAUGGCUUAUGAGAGAGAGAGCAGUCGUAAUGCAUCUGGGUGUUGAGAAAAUAUAGGUUGAAGUUUGUUGUUAUUUAGGUGUACUAGUCCAUCAAAGCCUUUCAGCAGAAUUUUUUAAAACCUUAUGUUUUUUCUCAUGAAAUGAGAAUUUUUCUGAUGUAUUUUUAUCUCAUAGCCAAAACGAUUAUUGUCCUGUCUGUACCACUUUAUGCUGUGGAUGAAAGUCCAUUCAUUUUUUUGGAGACUGCUUUUGGGGCAGAAAUUGUCACAGUGCAUGUUAGUUUACAUGUGAUGAGUUAUUGCUCAGGUAAAUUGAGUCAUUUAAACAUGGUGGGUCCAGUCUUGUACAUGCAGUCAUAUGUAUGAACAAAGGAAGUACUGUGCAAUACAGGGAUAUAAGAAAGUGGUUACAGUGUCCUCCCUGCCAGCUGAGAUCGCUGGCAGGCAGAACACUGUAACCACUCUCCUUGCUUUUCUAGUAAUUAGAAAAUGUCUGAAUUUCAAACAGAUAGUGGUUCAAACUACAGCUGAAUAAAGUAAAUUGCAAAUCAA